CAGACAGCGAGCAGGCCGUGGGUGCUCUGACGACUUCUCGUCCUCUUGGUCCUCGUCCUUGUCCUCCUCCUCCUCCGACUCCUCCGGUUCCUGCGGCUCCUCCGGCUCCAGCUUCCGCUCCUCCGCACGGAGAGACCACCCGCUCGCGGAGUCCUGCGCCAGCGUCCGGGCAGCCUCUCCGCGCCCCAUCCCAUCCCGCUGGGCACUCGGAGGGCAGCGCGCGGAGGCCAAAGUUGCCCCGCACGGCCGGGCGGGCGAGCUCGGGCUGCAGCAGCCCCGCCGGCGGCGCGCACCGCAACUUUGGAGAGGCGAGCCGCGGCUCCAGCAGCGGCGGCGGCAGCAGCAGCAAUGACUCCCUGGCUCGGGCUGGUCGUGCUCCUGGGCAUCUGGAGCCUGGGGGACUGGGGCGCUGAGGCGUGCACAUGCUCGCCCAGCCACCCCCAGGACGCCUUCUGCAAUUCCGACAUCGUGAUCCGGGCCAAGGUGGUGGGGAAGAAGCUGGUGAAGGAGGGGCCCUUUGGCACACUGGUCUACACCAUCAAGCAGAUGAAGAUGUACCGAGGCUUCACCAAGAUGCCCCAUGUGCAGUACAUCCACACAGAAGCUUCCGAGAGUCUCUGUGGCCUUAAGCUGGAGGUCAACAAGUACCAGUACCUGCUGACAGGCCGCGUCUAUGAUGGAAAGAUGUACACAGGACUGUGCAACUUUGUGGAGCGGUGGGACCAGCUCACCCUCUCCCAGCGCAAGGGCCUGAACUAUCGGUAUCACCUGGGCUGUAACUGCAAGAUCAAAUCCUGCUACUACCUGCCUUGCUUUGUGACCUCCAAGAACGAGUGUCUCUGGACCGACAUGCUGUCCAACUUCGGCUACCCCGGCUAUCAGUCCAAACACUACGCCUGCAUCCGGCAGAAAGGCGGCUACUGCAGCUGGUACCGAGGAUGGGCCCCCCCGGACAAAAGCAUCAUCAAUGCCACAGAUCCCUGAGCGCCAGACCCUGCCCACCUCACUUCCCUCCCUUCCCACUGAGCUUCCCUCGGACACUAACUUUUCCCAGAUGAUGACAAUGAAAUUAGUGCCUGUUUUCUUGCAAAUUUAGCACUUCGAACACUUAAAAGUCUGUGCUGUCAUACGGGGUUUAUUUGGAACUAUCCUCCUGGCCCCACCCUGCCCAUUCUUUUUGGUUUUGACAUCACCCAUUUCCACCUGGGAAUUUCUGGUGCCAUGCCCAGAAAGAACGAGGUAUGCAUACUCCUUCUUCUUGGUGAUAAUAUAAUCUCUAUUUUUUUAGGAAAACAAAAACCGAAAAACUACCCCCCUUGGGCAUUGUAGUACCUACCCCUAUUUCUCCUUCCCCACCCCACCAUCUCCCAGGCCCUCUUCCCUUUGACCUUCUCCUCCGUCCCAAUACAUGAAGGGCACAGACAAGGAAGCUGCUGAGAGGCCGUCUGUUUCAGGAUCGGUCAAGGGCACCAAGCAGACAGACUCGAGGUGUGGGAAAGCUUUGCACACCGAGGAGCAGCUGCUGCAUGUCCCAAGCAGGCUGUGUCUGUGUCUGCAUGUCAGAGUGAGGGAGAGAAGGAAGAAACUGCAAGAGAGGGCCAGAGCUGACACAGCACACACACAGGUCCCCCAGCCCACGGAUGCCUGGGUUGACCAGAUAUUUCCAUGUCUGGAUCAAGCAGCCCAAGCCUCACUACCAGAGCUUUCUAAGUUGGUGAAGACUUAAACAUCUGCCUGAGAUCAGGAGGUAAUUGGCCUGCCUUGUACAAAGGCUCAGGUGAAAGACUGAGAUAAAUAUCUUUCCUCUCCCUGCCUCCCACAAGAUUUCCUCUUGGAAAACACUUUGGUAGAGGUUUGGCUGGGAGCUUGCCUUUCUGUAAAUUGGAGAAAUACACACACCAUACACUAUCCACAGAUAUAGCCAAGUAGAUUUGGGUAGAGAAUACUAUUUCCAAAGUAGCAUUUAGCUCACCUAGGGGGUGAUGUGUUUGUACACACAUCUGCAUAUACCCACACGGGGACAUAAGCUAAUUUUUUUUUUAAUAGGACACAGAAUUCUGUUCAAUGCUGUUAAAUACGCCAAUAGUUUAAUCUCUUCUACUUUGUUGUCGUUGCUUGUUUGAAGAAAAUAAUGACAUUCCAAGUUGACUUUUUUUUUUCAUCUUAAUUAAAAUUUGAAAUGCUGAACAUCCUCAGCUCCCUCUCUUCCCCAUAACUGGGGGUCAUCUGACCUCUGUCCCUGUCUUCUUCUUCUGCCUCAUGUUUGGGGCCUUCAUUUAACUGCCUUAUUGGCUUGGCUGAGAUAGCAGAUGAGAGUCAGUUGGGGUGGGGGGUCUGGUCUUCCUCUUUCCCCAGCUCACUGGUGGGUGAAUGUCACCUCCUGAGGUCCUCACCUUGUGGAACUGAAAUGGUCCCUGGGGAAGCCCGACUCUGCAAUCCAUUGUAGGGUUUUUGUUGUGUUUUUUUGAAAUAAAACUAUGAUUUAAAUUCUCCUAUUAAAUGAAAUGAUUUUAAGUUUUAGUGUUAAAAGUGAGAUGCCAAGAGUAGGUGACAAUGUCUCUUCACAGAGUUGGGGAUGGUAGGAUGGUGACAUUCAACAUGAUCGCUCUCUGUCUCUUUUUUCAGACUAUGGGUAUUUAUCCUCUAUUAGCAUUUAUAUCUUCAGUUCAUUCCACUUUAGGAAACAGAGCUGCUGACUGAAACAGGAGAAGAGAAAAAAGAGAAGCAGCCAGCACACUGUAGUGUCUUUCACACACACAAAUGCCCAGGCAGGGUGUUUGGCAGAACCCCAGAGCAGGAAGACAGUGCAGGUGUUCCUGAGGAUCGACUGCAUUACCUUGUGCCUUUCCCCUGGCUGGUCACACCAUUUGGCAGAGGGGGAAAUGGGAGCAGAAGGUGCUGAGGUCAGUGGGUCAGUUGUUUUAUAGGGAUGAGCCCAGACUUGGUGUUUGGAGGAUUAUCUUUCUUUCAACCUCAAAGUCUCGAAAGGUGGGGCCCCUGCCCAACCCGCACAGGUGCCCUCCCGCAGGUCCACAAGUGGACACUGGUGUCUCCUCUGUGAAGCAUCUGGCCGUUCUCCGUCCCUGGCAUGUGGUCACCCCCAUUCACACACAGAGAGACUUGGGUGAAGCCUGAACACAAGGCAUCUGAAGUCUCCCUGUGGAGUAGAGAAGUCAGAACCACAGCUCCACCUGUUAGACCUUGGCAAGGAGGUCCUGGGCAAAGAAGGGUCUUUUGCAAAGCAAUGUGGUCAGAGGGCGGUUUUUGAGCUUUCUAUAAGCUAUAGCUUUGUUUAUUUCACCUGUUCACUUACUGUAUAAUUUAAAGUCAUUUAUGUAGCUGAGACACUUCCAUAUUUCAAUUAUAUUGUGAACGUUUUAUUUUGCUAAAUCUUGUGUCAUGUGUAGGCUGUAAUAUGUAUACAUUGUGUUUAAGAGAGAGAGAGGAAAAAAAAAAAAAACCCACAUGCCACCAUUUUCCUGAAUCAAAUUCUACAGUGGAAAGGAGAGUAAAAUACUUCUAUGGGGCAGGCAGCUAGACUGGUGAAUCAGGGGAACUAGAAAGAGCUAAUAAUUGAGACUCCUCCAGCCUCUUCUCUGUUUGAACCCCCAUGGUUCUCAGGGUAGGAAAGAGAAGGGGAAAAAAUAGAAAGUCCAUUCACAUGCUUGCUCUGUAUCUACUGGCCCUGUGUAGUCUGCUACUCACUCUCAUUCCCUUUCCUCCAAGACCCUUUGACCACCCAAGUAGGAAGCCAUGAUUUCUCCAACAAAUCCAUGGGGCUGUGAUUCCAAGUUCUCUUUGCCUUCUUUGGGAAUCUCUUCUGCCCUACACCCAGGCUAAUCUUGCCUUUCAAGCCUAUGUUUAGACCAGGGCAGGGCAGGUAAGACUAUGAGACUGAUAUUUUUUACCCUAUUUUAGUCUCAGACUUGCCUCAUGGUGGUUCACCUAUAGCUAUGAGCACCAUUUUUCACACCAUGGUUCUUGAACAAUUAAAGAAACAAAUGAAUUUUUGCAAUAACUCUGUCUAAGAGACACUGGGGCCCCAGGAAAUACUACCUUUGUCUGCCCUAGCUUUUCUCAUCUUGUGGAUGACAGUGUGGAUCAUCCUAAGGUGGCACCCAAGUAAAAAUAUCACUAGAGUAUUUUUAUCAGAGAGAAACAUUAUAAAUAUAUAAUGGCAAAAGCAAAACAAAAUGGGGGAACGUAAGGCAGGUAGAUAGCCUUUCAACAACUUCUGAAUUGGCUCUUUGAAAGUGGGAGGAAAGCAAGAAUUUAAGAGGAUGGUUCAUGCUUUGGGGGUGGGGGCUUCUUAGAUUCUUCUAUGUCCCCAACGUUCCCCACAGCCAGUCUGCUGUCCUGAAACCCAGAAGUGAUGGAGAGAAACCAACCAGAGAAAACCCUGUCUAGAAGGAAUGUAUUUGUUGCUAAAUUUUGUAGCACUGUUUACAGUUUUCCUCCAUGUUAUUUAUGAAUUUUAUAUUCCGUGAAUGUAUAUUGUCUUGUAAUGUUGCAUAAUGUUCACUUUUUAUAGUGUGUCCUUUAUUCUAAACAGUAAAGUGGUUUUAUUUCUAUC